GUUUGAUACUAAAAAUAGUGAAUACAUAUAGUUAUUUUAUAGUUGAAGCUGAUAUUCUGCGAAAUAUAAUGACCAACAGGGUGAAAAAGAAGUCCGCCGAAUGUGAUGAUCCGGGUUCUUAAAAUAACUUCCGGUGUGCAUUUUGGAUGAGAUUUAGGUGGUUAAUAACUCCUUAACAGAUGAAUAAUGUCCCUGGUAGACUUAGGGAAACGCCUUCUUGAUGCAGCUAAACGUGGUGAAACAGAUGAAGUUAGAACUCUGAUGUCAAAUGGCGCACCUUUCACCACUGACUGGUUGGGAACAUCACCCUUACAUUUCUCAGCACAAUAUGGCCAUGUAGGUACAGCUGAAGUUCUUCUACGAGCUGGAAUAAGUCGUGAUGCCCGAACCAAGGUAGAUCGCACACCAUUACAUGUGGCAGCACAAGAGGGACAUGUAGAUAUAGUGAACAUUUUGCUUCAACAUGCAGCAGAUAUAGAUGCAAAAGACAUGCUGAAGAUGACACCGUUGCACUGGGCUACAGAAAAGGGACACCUUGAUGUUAUAGAAGUUCUGUUAAAGUCAGGGGCAGAUAUGACAUGUGAGAAUAAAUUUGAGAAAACCCCUCUGGAUAUAGCGAUAAUGAAUGGACGGCCAGACAUUGUACAAACGAUACAAAUGGCACAGCAUACAGCAAUUACAAAUCUUGAACCACAAGAGACAGUUACCGUGGAAACCUCAGAAGUAGAUGGACCAGAUACUAUAAUAGAUGGCUCGGACCAAAUAACAAUUGAAGGCCAUCCUAAUCUUCACUCAGACAAUGAGGAUAGCAACACACUCACACUGGCAAGGUGUUUACACAAGUCCGGGGGAUGUCUGAUGUUGAAACCAAGCAAGUGCUGCAAAGUCGCAGAAGCUUGUGUGAGGCUUCACAACUUCUGUAUUGAUAGACAGAUACCACUGAAUGAAGAUUUGGCAGAACGUGACACCAGUGAUGACAUUUCUGUAUGCCAGCUGCCACCAUCAAGGUCUGGCUCGGAGAAAAGGUCACGGCUGGUCCGAUUAUUUCAAUGA